AUGCAAACACAAAGCAACAAUGAUGAUGACGAAUGGAUACGCAGAAAGACUUCCUGGGCUGAAGGAGGCUUGGUUCUCUUUGGGGAAUACUGCAAGCAGCUUGAACAGGCCCUUGAGUGGUGGAUGCCGGUCGACGCACCCAAGUUGUCAACUAUAGACGAAAAGACAAAAGAAGAUCGCUUCGAACCAUGGAGGAUCAUUGGGACGGAAAGCUUAUAUGCCACUCAAAUCUCCACACCCAGGUCAAAUCAGGUCCCGGAUACGGCUUUUGGUGAAGAAGCUGAAGGCAGUUCGGCACAAGGGUUUGUGGAAGAGCUUGAAGAAGACACGAUACCGGCGACAGAAUCCUCAAGGCAGUUCUUAUCGAUUGAGGUGAAUGAUGGACUGGAACAAGUGUAUGCUCGACAUAUCUUUCACGCUUUUAUCUCCGCUGCCGCCGCGGAGGUGAAUGAUGGACUGGAACAAGUGUAUGCUCGACAUAUCUUUCACGCUUUUAUCUCCGCUGCCGCCGCGAAGAUGGAUAGUCCCAUUGAUGAUCAUUCAGACAUGGAGACAAUGAGCAGCAUUAUCCCAGGGGAAUGGAACAACCUCCGUUUGCGAGGAAAGAACCUAACUAGGCUGGCGGGAGCAAUUCGAGACUCUGGUCUUAUGAACUUAAAUCAGGCUUAUCUUACCAUCAUCCCCCCACUGCACGCCAAGGCAAGGCUCGGCGAAUUAGACUCUGUUAUUGAAGCAGUCUUCACUCAAGCGCAGCAACAUCAAAGACUCCUGAACUGGGAAGCAGCUGGUAAGGUUUAUACGGCCUUGCUUGAACUUACCAAAACCUUCCACCCGGACAGCUACACUUUUAGGAAAGUGGUGGCAUUGGCUGAUGAAUACAUCCGAACACUUGAGACAUUGCCCGCGGAUCCAGAAGGUCAUAGAGACGAGCAGUACCCACAAGCGGCUCGUGUCAAAGACACGCUUUUGUCUAUCCUGGAUCGGGACAGUUACAAAGGUAUGCGAAAGGACCUGCAGAUCGUACAUGGGUACCAACAAGGAUUAGACGGCGCACCGGGCAAAGUUCUGAGUUGUAACUUCACCAAACUCCACUCCCAUGCUGCCACUCCCGAUGAAACUGGCAGGGAUAAUGUUCGUUUCGGGAGGCCAUACUAUGAAGAGCUUGCUAAGGUUCAAAAAAAAACCAGAAGUGUGUUGGAUGAACUUUUUAUGAAAUUCAAUGGUCAAGACAUUUUAGGGUGGACUCCCCUCCAUUAUGCAGCAGCUAGAAAAAAAAGGGAGGCCUCUGCAUGGAUUGAUGAAUUAGUUAGAAAGCAGGCUGAUGUAAACGCUGUUGACAUUCGGCACCAGACAGCACUGCAUUACGCUAUCCUGCACUGGAACCCUUUUUCUUUCAGACCGCUACUAGAAGCAGGUGCAGACAUCACAAUAACCGGAGUUAACGGAAUGACACCUCUGCACUGCGCAGCUUUGGUCGGCUCUGAGAACAUGAUAGAAUCGCUAUUCUCCCAUAACAGGCAAGCUAUAGAUCAGUUUGCCAGAGAUAACUAUGGCAGAGUGCCUAUACAUUUGGCCGCUCUAGGAGGCGAAAUCGAUCUCAUCAAACAUUUUCAAGCCAGCAUAGAGAUUAAGGACUUGCAAGAUCGAACAGCACUGCAUUUAGCGACAAUGAGCGGCCAUCUGGAAACAAUUAGUGAGCUUGCUCGGUACAAAGCAAAUGUUAAUGCGAAAUUUAGGCUGGACGAAGGUGGUGGCUCAGCCACGGCUCUCAUAUGGGCAGCCAAAAUGCGCAAGAUCAAAGUCAUUCAAAGGCUUAUCGAGGUGGGUGCUGAUAUAAAUGGCCAAGAUAAUCAUCUCUGGACUCCUUUACAUCACGCAUCCGGACGGGGAUACGCUGAUAUUGCCGGUGUGUUAAUUGUCAACGGAGCUCGUAUCAACCCCACCGACGAGUCCAGGCGAACGCCAUUACAUUUAGCGGCAUUCACCGGGCGACUUGAGGUGGUUAGGAGGCUUGUAAAGGAGAGGGACAUUAAAUUGAACUUUCUCAAUGUUGAGAGGGAGUUUGCAGUGCAAACGGCAGCAGAAAGUGGUCAUUUUGAGAUUGUUGAGCUCUUGGUCCGGAAAGGCGCUAUCAUUGACUACAAGACAACGCUUGUUGUAGCCAAUCAAGUGAAAUAUGAGUGGAGGGGGGAAGUGGAAAAGUACAUGUAUAGCGAAGAUGAAGAAGACGAAGAAGACGAAGAAGACGAAGAAGACGAAGAAGACGAAGAAGACGAAGAAGACGAAGAAGACGAAGAAGACGAAGAAGACGAAGAAGACGAAGAAGACGAAGAAGACGAAGAAGACGGAGAAGAAGUAGGUGAAGUGGACGGAGAAAUGGGGGCGGCAAGCGGUAAGAAGUCGUAUGGUACAGCUUUAAACCAGCAAGCUUUAUCACUAUUGCAGGCAUGGCAGAGCUAUUGGGAAGAAGACGGGGGGGAUAUAAUAUGGGAAGAACUGAUUCGGCGUCUAUUACUGUCAUAUCGGGAGUAA